UCGCAUGUCGAUCGCAUCAACACCAUAGACUUAUAUAAGUCUGUGAUCAACACAGUCCCUGAAAUGUAAAAUAAUCAAACGGACAGUUUACGUCAUGGAGGAGGAAGUGUACGAGGCAAAUGUGGGAAGAAUGACGAAGAAUGAAAAGUUUCAGGUCGAUAUCGAAUACGAGCAUAGAUAUGAUGACUUUUUCGAAGUGGAACAAUCCCUCGACUCGGAGGAGGAAAAACCUUUCGAGGAAAGAGAAUGGGAAGAAGAGAAAAAACCGCCUAUACAAGAUUGGGAGAAAGAAGCGAAGAAGAAAAUUCGUAUAGAAAUGGAUGAUCCGUCAAUGGGAAGACGGAGAACUGUCUAUGAUCUCAAUGCUUACUCCUCUUCUCGGCCGUCAGUGAGCGACAUUUGGAAAUCUAACACGACGCAGAUAACCACGGAGCCAUCAAAGAAAAUUCGAUAUUCCGUGUCGAUGGGAAUACCGGGGCUUUCAAGAAUCGAUCUGUCGCCGUUGACACAAAAAAUCGUAGGCUGUAUCAUUGGAGAGGAUGUUACCACAGAAUUUCCAUGGGUGCGCGUUAGAAAGGACGUCAUAGAAGACAACAUAGACUUACAUUCUGAGAGCAGUGACUUUCUACUAGUAAAGGACGAGGUUCAUGCAUUUCCUGAUGACAAGAUUUUCAUCGGGUACGCACCAUCCUUAACCGAAGAGGGCCAAUUCUAUAUUGUUCUUACCAAGGAAGGCAGAGACGCUGUAGUGAGGCAUAUACAUGAGCAGAGGGAGGAACACGAGAAUCGUGUAAAAAAUGCGAUCUACAAAUCUCCUGGCCGAUGGCAUGACUUGGGAAGCGGUGCCGACGUCGAUGCCAACAUCGUCAAGAACACAAGGCCGCUAUUCGAAAUUGAGGUUACGUCUACCGCUGAUUUGCUGAACGUGCCGAUAAAUCUAACGGACAGGAAGGCGGAUGAUCAGAUAGAUGGAUACAUUGAGUUGCUACCAAAUAAUCAGCAAAUAUUUGAGAAUGUACGACGUAAAUUGGUAAGCAGGUAUACGCAAGUGACGCCGAUCAUACGACACAACGAGGCGCAAACGGCACCAUCGAUAUCUGUCAAUUCCUGGUACCAAUAUCUGUACGAAUACGAGACAGUCGAUUUGUCUACUUAUACCGAGUAUAAGAUAAAGUCUUUGAAAUAUUUUUUGAAACGCUAUACUGAUGUCGUGUGCGAUCAGGUUUUAAUGAACUCCACGUGGGAUAUAUAUACGAAUGAUUAUGCAAAUUUGGUGCGUAGUGAAAAGGAUACGCAGAUACCUAUGCCUAUAAGUUACGAAGAACAUCAAAGCUACUACGAUGGAAAGAUCAUUGUGGAUAAGGUUAUCAAUGAUCUCUGCUGGCAUCCAUUCUGGACCGGAACGGUGAUAGCUACUUAUACGCAGCAUGCAAAGGGCGAGCAUUUAAUAGGUCCCAAAACUUACGAUGAGGUAUUUUUAGCUUGCGAGGGCAACAAUAAAGUAUUAAUAUGGUCUUUCGCCGACUGUUUGUCACCUAAACUCAUCCUUGAAUGUCCACGAGAAGUGACAUCCGUUUCGGUCUGUCCUAUCGACAGUAGCAUCAUCAUAGGUGGCUGUAUAAAUGGCCAGAUCGCCAUCUGGCACAUUCCCGGCAAAAUCGAGCAGGUGGAGACUGUGGUGACACAGACGAGCGCCCAAGUGAAGUACAGCAUCGCGAUGAGGAGCUUGAUGACAUGGAUGCGCGAGACGACGCCGACGUCGUUGAUCAGUCCGACGGCGAUGUCUGCCCUCAAGUACAGCCAGAAGGCGGGCAUCACCCAAAUAGUCUGGGUGCCCUCGCAUCACGAGGUCGACAAAAACGGCCGGAUCUCGUCCUUGCCGGAAGAUGCGCCCCUGGACGAUCUAAGCUAUCAGUUUGUAACCGCCAGCAAGGACGGCACCGUCGCCUUUUGGGAUCUUAAGUGGCGAUCUAUGGAGAAGGAUAUUCAGCAAGUUCGUACCGGACGAAAGAAGAAGAUUUAUCCAGAUAUUCAGAAAUCAAUGGCGCAACCGACAUCGCCGUUCAAAAUUCUCGAUCAUGUCUUCAGGCCCCACUAUAUCCUCGUGAUUCAAUAUCCGGAUGAGAGCCGGCAGCUCGUGAUAACGACUCUCAGCAUGUACAAUCCAAAGUUUCGCAAGGAACAAGUUGGACCGUUCUCGAUGACAAGAGACGAUCUCACAAUUAGAAAGUAUUACAGACCCAUAAUCGAGAAGGCGAACUAUGUCAUGGAGCCAAAGAUACUCAUCGGUACUGUCGAAGGUGAUUUUGGUUGCGUAACGUGGACCGGCUACGAAUUCACCAUCGAUGCGGGCAUGAAUCGCGAAACGGCACGAUGGCUCUGGAUGAAGAAAAUGCACGAUGGACCGGUUACGCACGUGGUCAGAUCCAAUUAUUACCAUCAGGUGGUGGUCACGGUGGGAGGCAAGAUCUUCGCCGUGUGGCGGGACGAUUUCGUCGAGCCGCUCGUUUGGAAAAAAUCCAACGUUAGCUACUCGGCAUGCUCAUGGGGAAUUAUACGUCCAACUGUUUUGAUCUUGGGACGAAUAGACGGUACCAUAGAAAUUUGGGAUCUCGAAGUCAAGAGUCACGAGCCAAGCUUCGUGCAGAGUCUGUCCGGACGGAUAAUUACAGGCAUCUAUACUCACGAGUUACCGCUGGAACCGCAGUGUAUUGGAUUUUGCGACUUCAAUGGCUCCUUAAGGACGUUCACGGCGCCGCGUGUCUUACUGACAUACGACGUGGGCGACGUCGAGUGGAUGAAAAAGUUCAUCGACCGACAGGUUCAAAGGAUAAGCGAGUUUCGAACCUGGCAAGAAUCAUGGUGCGAAUCAAACCUCGAGGAUAUCUUGAUGAAGAAGAAGUUCAGAAAAAUAAAAGAGGAGAAAAAGCAUCUGGAGGCUGAGGAGAAGAUUAAACCUGACACGGUCGAUGUGGCGACUCGUGUAACUACACCUACAAGACCUGCGCGUCGGAAGCCCUGGCAAUUCAUCGAGGAAGCCAGAGAACGGUGGAUGUCAAUGGAAGUAAAGCGCAUGCAACGACUGAUCCUGGAGAAAAAAGGGCUCAGAAAGGACGUCCUCGAGAAGCAGCGCGCGCCGGUUCUUAGAUUGCGACAGGAGGCGAGGACAAAGAAGCGUAAGAUACGCGAGAUCCUGAGUCUGCAGGACAGGAUCUUUGAGGAAACCAUCGUGUUCCUCUUCCCGGAGCAGCAUCAGGAGCGCAGAGAAACUUUGUUGCCGCCUUUGCCAGUUUCUGCGGCCGACAGACGCUUAACGAUCGACGAGUUCAUUAAGAAGGAAACCGCUCUUCGAAAAGAAGACGUUUUUGCUGAUUCUGAGGAAGAAAUUAUAUACAAUUUUCUGGAAGUACAAGCCGAGGCUCUGGCCAAAUUAAAGAGCACGCCUUUCGAACGCACGUUCGACUGGCGCAAAGUACUCGCGCAAGGAAAGUCGAGGAGAAGAUCGAUGGACAUCGAACUCAAGAAGUUAAACAGACUGAAGAAGACGUGCAAAGUGGACGGUGCUGUAAACGAUGCAUCACGUCUUGUCGGCAACGUAUAA